AUGUUGAAAGAAGGCUCAACUAGUACUACUCGAAACUUGGCUCGAAGGAACUCUCACAUUGAAGCAAACGAGAACGAAUUCGAAUCAUUGCAGAACCUAAUCAACUAUCCACCUCCUCGAACCCCUUUGAAUUCCAUACCGGAUCCUUCUCAGUGUCCUGAAUCCGAACCUGUUAGGUUCGGAAUUGGGAAUGGAACUUCCAGGGCUUCGAGUCGGAGCGGAAAGGCACAUUCGGAGCCUAACUCGGCUCAGACCACGCCGGCCAGAAAUUCUUCGAGGGUUUCGCUCGGUGGAGGAAGUAGCAGUAGAGUGAUGAAAGGGAUCGAGUUGUGUAUGGAAGUUCCGCAUUUCGAGCUCGAAGAUGAUUCAUCGUUCUGGAUGGAUCAUAAUGUGCAGGAUUCGACCUUUGAGUACUAUGGAGAAGCUUUCACAAGGUUAUGGUAGGUGUUUGAGCAGGAAAGUGCGCAAACAUUGGUCUGGCUUGGCCAUCCUGAAACCAGAUUCACCUUUGAUCAUGUAGGGUGUGAGACCUUAUCCCAGGAAAACCUGUUCAGAGUUGCUGGAGUGCCUAUGGUGGAGAAUUGCUUGUCUGGUUACAAUAGUUGUAUGUUUGCUUAUGGUCAGACGGGUAGUGGCAAAACGUAUACCAUGAUGGGUGAGAUUAAAGAAACAGAAGGAUACCUUACUGAAGAUAGCGGGAUAACACCAAGAGUUUUUGACUACUUAUUUAUGAGGAUUAAAGCGGAAGAAGAGAGCAGGAAGGAUCAUAAGCUGAAAUACAGUUGCAAGUGUUCCUUUUUGGAGAUAUACAAUGAGCAAAUAACUGACCUUCUAGAGCCUUCAUCAACUAAUCUGCAACUCAGAGAAGACAUUAAGAAGGGUGUAUACGUUGAAAACCUUACUGAACAUAAUGUGGUCACAGUUAAUGAUGUUCUCAGGCUUUUGUUACAGGGCACUGCAAAUAGAAAGGUGGCUGCAACUCAUAUGAACUGUGAGAGCAGUCGGUCUCACAGUGUUUUCACUUGUAUUAUUGAAAGCCGGUGGGAGAAAGAUUCUAUGACUCACUUUAGGUUUGCAAGGUUAAAUUUAGUAGAUCUGGCUGGUUCUGAAAGGCAGAAAAGCUCCGGAGCAGAUAGUGAACGUUUGAAAGAAGCAGCAAAUAUAAAUAAAUCCUUGUCAACUCUUGGCUUGGUCAUAAUGACUUUGGUGGACUUAGCCCAUGGGAAGCCUAGGCAUGUUCCGUACAGAGAUUCAAGGCUUACAUUUCUUCUUCAGGAUUCUUUAGGUGGAAACUCAAAGACCAUGAUCAUUGCAAAUGUCAGCCCAUCCAUUUGCGCUGCUAACGAAACGCUAAGCACUCUGAAGUUUGCCCAGCGAGCCAAGCUCAUUCAAAACAAUGUACCUGCCUAUUUAUAUACGUGCAUGAAUGAAGAUGCUUCUGGUGACAUAAGUGCGCUGCAGUGGCAAAUCCAGCAGUUGAAGGGUCAACUGUCCUUUCUGAUGAACAAUCAAAAUUUUGCAACUCCUCUGUCAAAUUUGGAGCCAAAUUCUAAAAGCAUUAGGUUGAGUGAAGUGUCAGAAGGAUACGACUCUUUGGGAGAAAUAGGAACAGCAGGUCACAAGCUACUUAUUCCAAACAAAGAGAUCAACUGCAUGGAAGCUGCUUUGGUUGGUGCCUUAAGGAGAGAAAAGAUGGCUGAGACUACAAUCCAGAAUUUAAAGGCUGAAAUUGAACGCACAAACUGCUUGGUGCGACAAAGGGAAGAGGAAACUCAACAUACUUCAAUUAUGCUAAGGCAUUGUGAGGAGAAAAUUAAACAACUUGAAUUAUUGGUAGAUGGUCAACUGUCAGCUGAGAAGUAUCUCACGGAGGAAAACCGGGCUUUACGGGAGGAGAUUCAGUUGCAUAAAGCGAACAUUGGUAAAAAUUCAGAAUCAUCCAGACUUGCUUUGGAGAAUGAUAAACUUUUAUUCCAAAACUUUUAUGAGCAUGGAGAGCGGGAAAGAUUGCUGACUGAACUUUCUGAAUUGCGUGAUCAGGUUCUCGUCCAUCUCCAAGAGAGAUUAACAUUCUCCAUUAAAAAUGGAAAUCAGGACACUGACACUAAACAAGAGUUGGAAGAUUGUCAGAAUAUGAAUUCUAAAUUAGAAGUAAGUAAAUUACAGACAGAACUUGGAAAGUAUUUGAAGUACAAUCAAGUUAAGUCUAUUUCUGUUCUGAAUUCUUCAUUUGAGCAUCCUGAUGAACUUCUGAAGACAGAUAAAUGUUCAUUGGUUCUUGAGACAAUAUCCAUGAGAAGUGAUUAUGGGGAUGGAAUGCCAUCCUCUACAUGGGAAGAUAAUGAAUAUAACAACAACAAAGAGUUGGAGGCCAAAUUGGAAAAAAUGAGCAAGGAUCUUGAAGAAGUGAGGUUACUUAAUGACCAAUAUCAAGAGAAAUGGGCAUUACAGUUAUCUCAAAAUCAACAGACUGAAAUAGUGUGUCAAGAGGUUGAGAUUGAGACAACUAGCACAAUUCUUCAUUUGCAGGAAGAGGUUGCCAGUCUUCAGUCAGAGUUAGAAGGGAGGUUAUGCUCCAUUACUCAAGAAAAUACAGAGCUAAGAAAUCUGGUUGCAGCAAAAGAGCAGGAAAUUAGGACACAGUGUUUGGACUGGGAAAAGGCAAUCUUGGAACUGACAACCUUCCUUCUAGAAGGCUCCAGAUCUCUCAAAAAUGCCUGUGGCCAAGUAAAAAGCAUUUCAUGUUCAUUUCCCCAGGUUAAUGCUGGGAUUAGCGAACAUGUUGGCAUGGCUGUCAAAAAGUAUAUUGAGAAGGAGGAAACAAUUCAGCAGCUACAAAGUAGCUUGGAGGAUGCACAAAAAAUGUUAUUGGACAUGGAGUUGAAGAUAAGCUCCUUAAAGGAAGCAACUGUAACCUUAAGUGCAUUUCAACGGCUAGACAACAAUGAAGGCAUUGAAGAGGCAAUCCAAUUAAGAGUGUUUUUAAAUGAGAAGACCAAUAUGAUAAGGAUGCUGGAAAAUGAAAUAAAAUAUAAAAACAAUCAACUUUGUAGAGCUGCUAAACAAGCUGAUGCUGCAUUCCUUGUGGCAAAAUGGCUUUCUGAUAGUUAUAGUGUAGCUCAUAUGAAUGGUGAUGGUGAAAAUAUUUCCAUCACUGAGCUAGAUGUUCAAGCCAGACUGGGAAGUUGUACUAUUUCUGAGAAUCAAAAUGUUGGAAAUAAUUUGAUACUGAAUGAUCUUAUGGCUCAAGUUGAGUUAACAAAACUAGAAGUACUGGAGAUGGAGAAUGCUGUAAAAGCCUUUUUUGCAGAUACAGAAACGGACUUGAUUCAGGACAUAGUCAAAGAAACUCAGGACAUGAGGAAAGAAGUAAGGGAUUUAAAGAUGCAUCAUAGAAGUUCUGAGGGUUAUAAAGUUGACUCCCUAACAUCCAAUGCAAACAAAUGCCAGGUGUCUGGAGACCAUCAACACACACUGCAUCAGAUAAAAGAGCAACUUGUUGAGAUGAAUAAAAGACUGAAUAUCAUAGAGAAUUGUAUUAGCACAGAAGUAAAUGCAUCUAGCUUUCAACUGCUGGAUGAAGAUUUCAUAGAUGCUGAUGAAUUGAGUGCUGAUAGUUCUUCAGUCUCUGAUUUGUCAACUGAAACUGAGAGCGUUGCUUCUGGAAGUAAGUCACAUGGAUCCACAUAUACUUGCAAAUUUAAGUUUCCUGGAAACAUAACAGAAGAAGAGGUACACAUGAAAUCUGAAAGAGGCAUUGUAAUUCAAUUUGAUGAUCACACAUCAUCAAAUACAGGAAAGCUUGUGAAAAGGCCAAUCUAUAAUGAAACAGCAGUGUCCUGUCUGAGUAAAGAAUUAAAUGUCACGUGUGAUAGUUUCCAAAGACUGUAUGUUCGCUUGUCUGCACUUCUCAAAGAAUUGGACGAUGAAUCCUGUUAUUACCCUAAAGAACUAAAAAAGGAGAUUCCAUCUUUCCACUUUAUGAUGCAGAAAGAUGAAGCAGGCUGUGAGAAUGACACAGAGGUAUUUGGUUAUAGGGAGCUUAAACCUGAAGAUGGCUUCUUAACCAAAUUUAUGGAAGCUCAUGCAACAGUGAAGGAAGCAGAUAUUACGCUACAUGCUUUGACAAAUGCAUUAGAAGAUUCAAAAAAGUUGACUGCUAUGUGGAAGCAGGCUGGUCAAGACUUGAUGAUUGAGAGAGCAAACUUGGCAGAAGAGAUUCAAAAACUCAAAUUUUCAGUUCAAGAAAAAGAAGAAGAGAACCGAUUACUGAAGGAUCACAUCCAUUUCAGUAUGUUAGAGAUGAAAAAUUCAGUUUCUAUGCUAGAAGAGUGUUUCUUGCAAAUACAAACCAAUGUGGAGAAGAAAUUCAUGAUAAUGCAUUCUGAUGUUCUUCUGGUGGGGCAGGAGAUGCUAUACUUUAUGAGUAGCCUGAGGUCAUCAGUAGAAGAUAUUUUCUCUAGGAUUGUGGAUGAAGGAUUUGUAACAAAGCUGGCCAGUAAAUUUGCCUGCUUUAGUGUAAACCAUGAUUUGCAAUCAGCCGGACAAGGGGAAUUGCAUAAUUUACCAAAAAUUUGCUCAAAUGUUGCAGAAACUGUCAUGAGUAUAGGUAAUGAAGGCACAGGGAAAAGAGAUCAAUGUGUUUUAAUCCAAAAUGUGCAAGAGGAGCGGGACUUGCCUAAUGUCAAAGAAACAUAUGAAAAUAUGGAUCUUAGAAAGGAGUUAGAGAGGAAACAACAGUUAUUAGAGGGUUUAUUUUUUGACUUCAGGCUGUUGCAGGAAUCAGCUUCUAACAGUAAGGACAUUAAGGAUCAGACUGAGAAGUUAAUAUUUUCUCUAAGCCAAGCUCGGUAUGAGCUAGAGAUUAAAGCAAGUCAGCUUGAUGAUAUACUGCUGAAGAACAGAAAACUUGAAGGUUCUCUUGCUGACACUGAAAAGGCCUUAACUACAUCAAAUUAUGAGCUUCAGCUUGCUAAAGAAUCAAUCGAGAAUCUUUCUGAUCAAAAUACAGAGUUAAAGGAGCUUUUGAGAGAAUUCUAUGGCAACAGAAUUGAAGCUGAAGAGCAAUUGGAUGAACAUAAAGAGGUGAUUAAAGGCUUGGAAAAAGAAAUUGCUAAUUUGACAGCUUCACUGGAAAACCAAUCACUUUCCUUGUUUGAAAACUUUGAGGAUGAACUAAGAAAGGUGAUAAUAGAAAGAGAUCAACUCCACGAAGAAGUUUGUGUCUUGAAUGAUAAGCUUGAGAUGGCUUAUUCCUUGGUUGAUGAAAAGGAAGCAAUUGCCAUAGAAGCUCGUCAGGAGUCAGAGUCUAGUAAGCUCCAUGCUGAGCAAAAGGAAGAGGAAGUCAGUAUUCUGGAACAUUCUGUUGAGGAGCUUGAGUCUACCAUAAAUGUUUUAGAGAAAAAGGUGCAUGAAAUGGAUGAGGAGGUGGGACGACAUCGUUUAAUUAGUGAUUCGCUAAAAAUGGAACUCGAAGCUUUGAAAGAGAGAUUAUUGUUAGUUGACAAUUUACCCUGGCAUGCAGAUUCAGGAAGCACGAGUGCUCAAACUGACGAGCAGAUAUCUAGGCAACUACCCAGUAAAAUACUGGAACUUCAUGAGGCACUAAAUCGGAUAAAGCUUCUUGAAAAGGAAAACGCAGAACAAGAUAAGGAGAUUAAAAAGUGCAAAGAGUACAUCUCGGAAAUUGUAUUGCAUACUGAAGCCCAAGCAUUGCAGUACCAACAGAAGUACAAGUGCCUGGAGUCCAUGUUCCACGAUGUAAAAACAGAUAUGUCAUAUUCAACAUCAGAGAAAAUCGAGAAAAGCUCAGUAAGGACGAGAGGUUCAAGCUCACCAUUCAGAUGCAUUUCAAAUCUUGUUCAGCAGAUGAAUCAGGAGAAGGAUCAAGAAUUGUUGGUGGCAAAGCUCCGUGUGGAAGAACUCGAAGCACUCGCAGCAACUCGGCAAAAGGAGGUAUGCAUGCUACAAACAAGGCUGGCUGCUACUGAAAGCAUGACUCAUGAUGUCAUUCGGGACCUUCUCGGUGUAAAACUGGACAUCACCAACUAUGCAGUAAACCAAAACCAGAUUGUGAAAUUAGUGGAGGAGGCUCAUCAUCAAAGAAAAGAGUUCUUUGCAAAGGAAAAAGAGAAUCUCGACCUAAGACUGCAGAUUAGUGAUCUCAUUGAAGAAAGAGAGAGCUGCAUAUCGGAACUGAAAACUAAAGAGGCCGAUAUACUUGCCAGUCAGAUAGCAGUGCAGCAACUCCAAGAGCGAGAUCAGUUGCUUUCUGCGCAAAACGAAAUGUUGAAGAUGGAUAAGACCAAUCUCAUGAGGACGGUUGCAGAAUUGGAUGACACGGUGAAAACACUACUUGGGACACGAAAUACCCAUCGAGUCCCACAGUCAUCAAAGACUAAGGAUAAGAGCGCUCUAAAUUUGGGUAACGUUAGAUUCAGUAGGAGGUUGUCACAAUCUGAACAAUUUUCUCGUGUUAAUGACCAGCUUGCUCAGCACUGCAAAUCUGCUGGUAAUAAUUCACACGGCUAAACAAC